AUGCGCGACUCCCAGGAAACGGUUUGUGGCAGAGUCGGGGGUGGAUUCAUCUAUCGCAGCAAUCACGAGGACGGCCUCCGUCGGAAGAGCGAGCGGCGCUGUGCGAGCAGUCCCGGCUUGCGUGCAGCUAGCGCCGCUUAUGCCCCGCGAGGACGAUCCUCUGGCGAAGCCUUUGCGGAUGGGGCUUGGCCUGAUGCUGACAGUGCAAGCCAUCGCUUAAAGGAGGAGUGUCGCCGCUUGCGGCAGGAGCUGACGGCCCAGCAGCAGGAGGAGAGGCACCUGUCGGGCAGAGUGGAGCAGCUCGAGGGCUGCUUGCGGGCCCGCACCCGUCAGUUGGACCGGCUGUUGCAAAGCGUGGGUGGUGCAGAGCCGAUGGUCCCUGACCAGGACAGGCAUGCCGAUUCUUUUCCGAGAUCGCAAAGUGCCCAACUGCGGGUGCGCCUGACCGGUGUGCGGAAGGAGAGCGAGCAGCGCCUGGCGUCUCGGCGAUGA